UGUAAACUCAAAACAGUUGAGAUCGAAGUGUGCGAGUGAUGUGUGUGACGGUGUAAACGGCAGAACUAUGAGGAUGUUUUCUACGCGACAUUAUUAGGACCUGCUGAUAUAUGUGAUGAACGUCGCCUUCAGAUCUUCAACAAUACCAGCAAGAUGAGUCGUAACAACUCCGGUCCUUCGCUCAAGAAGAAAUUCGUGGGUUUAAUUCGGCAGAUCUCACAGACUGGAGGGUCCCAUGGGGUGGGCAACGAUCAGCAACAUACCAUACCCAGACCAGACACAUUCAUUCAUAAGUAUCUACAAGGGGAGGUGAGAAGUGUCCAGCCGGCCAUCGUGUAUGGGCGCACCUGCGAAGAGCUGCCCUCCAGCUCCCUGCGAUGCCCCAGCGCGAAGGUCCUGGCAGCCUUCACGGGUCCCGGCGGCGGCCUGGCGUCCGUCAACCGCGGGGGACACCCACCCCUGCAGAGGGACGAGCCCGACCUCGACUACAUAGACGCGGACGACGCGACCUCCGACGCUCAGCCCAACGCCUACGUAACUUCGCAAAAGCCGCCACCACGUAAGACUCCCUAUGCCGAUGUGGCCGCUUAUUUCCGAAAGCGCGAUCCUAGAUCGCCCCUGAAGCAGAGGGCAUUUGACGGUGUUAGCGGAGGCCGUAGCAUGGACUCUUUGGAAUGCGAGGCCCCCUCGUGGAGAGGGGAGGCCCCCUCCCCCCUUUCUCCACACCCAGGACGGGCGCCUCCUACUGCAUUCCUCCAGUUUGGUGACGGGCCCCUCAAUUACGGCCUUACCCUCCCCCCGGACGUAGCAACGUCAGCGACGGAUGACGCUGCUGACGGUGGUGGUGCCACUGAUGGUUGUGCUUUUGGGAGUAAUGGUGUUGGUGGUGCUAGUAGAAAUAGUUAUAGCGUUAAUGAGAGGGUCCCGGGUGGCUAUGUUGUCAAUCACUCCAAUGGCAGUGUAGUAGAGAUUGGGGAAAUGUUCGGGGUUAACCAUAGUUGUGAGACCAACAACAGUUGGGUUAGUAUUAAUGGUAGCGGCAGUGGUGGCAUGAUGUCGGUCGACCCGAGAAUACAACAGACAGACAACAUGGGUUUGGUGGAAACGGUCCUCGUCAGUUGUCAGGAGGAAGGUGGGGGCACCAUCAACGAGUUGGUGAUGCAGCCUGCGACGACCACGACCACCACGACCACUUCGGCGUCUCUAGACGACAACCUUAACCCACUCAUCAUGGUGGACACAAAAUCUCACGUUUUAUCCCAAAGCAAAAGUAUUCCUUUAGAUAACAGGACUUGCCCUUCCGGUACUACACAGAGUGACGCAGUAGUGACUGACAAUGCGGAUAGGACAUGUGAGAAUGGCAACUACGACCCAAAGGAGAAUGGGCAUCACCCGGAUGAUAGUGAGGAGGAGGAGGAUGAUGAAGAGGAAGAGGAAGAGGGGGACACCAGCACCUGCGGCCUGGCUAGCCAGCGAGCCAAGUUCCUGACGCUGGAUCUGGUGGAGGCCGGGGCAAUGGCAGAGCCAGACCCAGACCUCAAGAGGAGCGAGACGGAGGAGAUAGCUGGUCUCCUCAACUGGAACAGACCCCACAGUCGUGCUUACGGUCUCUCCACCACGCUUUACGAGCGUCAUCCGCUCACCAAUGAGCGCGCAGGUAAUCCUAUAGCCGAUGCUUUUGGUGUUGUUGCGCGUGAGGAUAGUGCAAUCUUGGCUCUUGCGGAUGGUGUUAACUGGGGAGAGAAGGCCAGCAUUGCAGCAAGAUGUGCAGUGCAUGGCUGUUUGCACCAUCUUAAUACAGCCUUAUAUUCUCCAGCAGCUUCUCCUCCAGAAAAUACAACACAGGAGGUCUUCGUUGCCCUUCUGAGGUCCUUCCAUGCAGCACACAGUCUCAUUUUACAAGAAGAUGGAAUGCUGACAACGUUGACUGCAGCUGUGGUUUUACCUCUUGCUGAUAAGGACCAAUUUGUGGUCUGCGUUUGUAAUGUUGGGGAUUCACUAGCAUAUGUCUAUUCACAGAAACAUGGUGUUCGGGAAAUAACUCAGGGUUCCCAUGAUAUUUAUAGUAUGCGCGAUAUGCGUGAUGCCUUAGGAGCCUUAGGCCCUGUAGAUGGGCAAAACCCUGAGUUGAACAAUUUAACGUGCUCAUUAACGUACUGUGAUCCUGGAGAUAUCGUCUUCUUGACAAGUGAUGGCAUCUCCGACAAUUUUGACCCAGUUGUAGGAAAGUUUGCAAUUCCCAAGAAAGAAAAAGAAGUUAAAACAAAUAAAGAACAGGGUGGUGGAGAGAGAUCAACGCCAGGCAGGGAAGCAGGAGAGCAAUUUAAUGGUACACAUAAUGCACAAAAUGAGACACCACAAAAUCAGGGCUCUUCGUCCAAAGACCCACGAAGUAGUGCUCAAGGAAGGCGCAAUGGUGAGCGGCAGCCGGCUGCUAGACAACACUCGCAGUCCCAGCAGAGAGGGAGAGGAAGAAAGCAUCAGCAGGGAGCUAAAGAACCUCCUCAGAGUUCUGGGCCAGGAGGAAAACAAGUGAGGAAGCCAUUAAAUAAUAUCAGGUCUGUAGGGGCAGGGUUGCCCGAAGAUGAAGUUAAAAGUGAUCCGUACCUCCCAUUGGUUGAAGCACAUCAAAGGCAUGAAUUAACGCUGUUACGCAUGGAAGAUCUCCUACGUUGUGGUCUAACCAGCAAGGGUCCUGUAACCUCUGCACAAGGUCUAUGUUUGGAGAUGGUGCAUUUCGCUACAAAACUGACAGUUGCAAAACGUCGGAUUCUGGAAGACCCUGAUUUGUAUCCUGCAACUUCAAAAGAUCUGUCUCGUUCCGAUCAGCGAAAUAGACGACGAAAGGUGUGUGAAAAACUCGCACUUGUCCCUGGAAAGCUGGAUCAUGCUACAGUGGUAGCCUAUACUGUUGGCAAUUACAGAGAGGAUUGUGACAUGCCACCGAGUGAAACUUUGUUGAGAAGGCCUCUUAUAAAAUCUGCCCCACUGGCUUCACCUGAUUCUACCAGGAGUUUGCUGUCGCAGUUUGAGGAAAUGCAUCCUCGAGAGCCAGUGCAGCCUAUGUCUGCUACUCUUCCCCAGAAUAUCAGUCUACAUUCCCAGAAAAAAGGAAACCUGGUCGAAGGGAAAAGAGGAGAGAAAGGAAAAGGCUCUCAGAUGCCAUGCACUAAUUUCACACAAAAUAAAGAAAACCUGAGUCCAAAUGCAGGCCAGGUGCCAUGUAGAUCAACUCUUAUUGAAACCAUUGUUUGAGGAAAGUAUAUUUAUAUGGUAUCAUUUGUGAUCUUGCCCUUUAGAUGCAAAUUGACAGACAAACCCCAACAUUCCCUAGCCGGAAAGGUCACUGUGCUUUAUGAUUGUAGUAAGGGAAAGUCUUGAAGAAGACCACAUAAAACCAGACUGUUAUGCAAAAUGUUAGAAAUUUGGCAGCUCAGGUUAUUUCUUUUUUCUCUUGAACUAUGUACUUUCAGCCACCAAAUUUUUAUUAUGGGGAAUUUUCAUCUGCACUUCACUUAAAGUAGUAGGGGUCAAGCAUAAAUAUUGAUAAUCUUAUGGGAAUAUUACAGUGUUCUUAAAUCCAAAGAUAUUUGAACAAUUUACAUCAUCAAUUUUCAUUCCACUGAAAAUUACUGUACAGGAAAUUAAAUUAUUUAUGCAGUUCUCUGAAAUUUUCAGUGUUUUUAUAUGUUCAGACAGGUGCAGCAGAUAUAUGAAAUAAGAUGACUUAUCUGUGAUUUUAGGAACAAAGAUCUUGUUACAGUGUAUUUACAGAAAUUUUUCAGGUAAACUGGAGCUGUGACAAAUGUUAGAAUGUUCAUAUCAUUAUUGAUACUGUAAUCAUAACAAAUCAUUGUGCAAUGGUUGCCAUACCAUAAAGAUUUUGUAAAUUCUUUCUUUCACAUUCACUGAAUCUCAUGUAAUCUAGGCUUGAAAACUGAUUUUGCAUUUCUGCUAUCAUUCCACGGAAGGAAAAUUUAGUCUAGUCUUAUUAGUGUCUUUCACGACUUCCAAACGCCAUAAUCUUACUUAGGUUCAUAUUCAUUAUUUAACUACUAUUCAGUCACAUUUAGCUUGGGAGACAGGAAUUACUGAACAAAAACCCUUGUUACUGAUUUGCAGAAGUUAUUAGUAAGUAUGCAGCCAGUAUUAUCAGUGUAAAUUUAGAAUUCUUAUGCAGUCUUUUUAUUGAAAAUUUUUGGGCCACUAAAUUUUUCUUGUCAAUAGAUUAAGCUGACCUUUGGUAGCAUAGGCUCUUGCUCUUUCAGCGGGCCAUAUGGAAACUUUUGACUGGGUGGCUCAUUUAUUCGCUCCAUUGAAGAUGAACUCUUAACCUAGUAGCAAGAUGAAAGCCCAUAAUAUAUAUAGGUAGUAGUAUAUAGCUUUGAAGAUGAUUUUUCAAGUAUACUCUAUUCACCAAUCAGGUCUGCUAUGUUGUAAGCAAAGCAUUGUGAUUCAGCAGUCAAAUCUUAUUAUGAAAUUAGCUUUUCUUUCAUCCACAGGAGAGGAAACAUUAAAAGGUUAUGUUUUUCAAAAUCUAUGAUUAGGAGGCAGAUUUUUUUUAAACAAAACUAAUUUUUGCUCUUGACUCUUCCCACUCUUGUCAAGUUAAGUCUCAUGGUACUGAAGUCAUAUCUGAAGAUUAUGUACCAAUGAUAGCAAAUAUUUUAUUUUAUGCUGAUUCUAGAAACAGCUUUAUGCAACAUUAGAUUAGAAAUGAAAUAUAGAGAAUUGCUCUCUUUUUUAAGUGGUUGAGAUGAAGCACAAAAUAAGUUUUUCAUCAAUUAGGCAUAAUUACUCAUUGCACACAUCUUAUUUUCAUUAUAUGGAUACUCAUAAUGAAAUUGUAGAUGAGAUAUAAUUGUAGUAAAAGUUGUCAUAUUUUGCACCAGAGACAAAAAAAAAAUGGUCUGACUUUUUUCAUAACUGAUCCUUCAUUUGUAGCUAAUAGUCUUAUCGCUGUAUUUCAACUAUGGUGCAUCUAAGAAAACAAAAGAAACCGUUUUUAAAAUGCAAAAAGUUACUUGUUUUAGCAACUCUGCCCUUCAAUGCCUUCAUGUCAGUAAGCAGACUUUCAUAAUCUUUUGCAUCUGAGGUCAUUUAGCUUGAAUUUUUAUACUUGUUAAAAGUGCUGAAGGUGUGACAUAACAGAUUGAAGAUGCUCAUAGUGAACUUCUGUUUGAAGAUUUCAUGAGAUAUUUAGGAACGAUUUUUUAUUUGAUGGAUCAGAGAGCAACAUAUCCUUUGGGUCAGCCCUAUGAGACUUAAUAAAUUAGCUCAGUGGUCUGGUUAAACUACUUAAUGAUAAUAUUAAUAGAAAAGGAUUUGAGAGAAUGGCUAUCUUACAACAUUCCUCCACUUUCCUGCAGUCCCUCAGCUAUUCAGUCAUGUAGUCUUUGUGAUUUUUCCCAUUUUCCUCUGUUGUAAGGGAAGUUUGGGUGCUAUAAGGCCUGUCAUCUUUGAGGUUUGUAGGAACAGCCAUUCACUAUUAAUUUGCUAGAUUAUAACAACUUUACCCAUUUUAAUGUUUGAUUGCCUUUUCAAGUAUCACAGUCAAAACUUAUCUUUGACAGGAUUAAAACUAAAUUUUAUUUAAACCAAGUCUGAAAACUCCAAAUUUUGUGUGUGUUAAGGUAUACUAUUGGUAACAUGAAAAAAUUUUGCCUCUGAAUUUUUUUUUAAAUUCUCAGUGGAUCUAACAUAUCACCUUCAUCUUGUUCAACAAUGUGCAGACACAAUUUGCAAAGAUCGUUUUGCAGAAUAUGCAUAUGUAAUAAGUCCAGACACUUUUAGGUAUUCCUGUCACCCAGAGCUUUUUGUUAAAUAGGCAAUGCCAGUUGGAGCACUUUAUUGUAAAAUUAAAGGGAUAGCCAGAUGUCUUUGUAUGAUAUAGCAAAAUGGUAUGAUUUUAAAGUCUGAAUAUUACGAUGGUAACAAAGACAAAAUUUAGGAUGGUUCCUUAUCACCAAAGACAAGGCUCUGGAGGAUUUAUUGUACAGUUUAUAAAUUAUAUACAUCAGUGUUAAAAAUCACUGACAUUGUAAAUUCCUGAAGUGCAUAGUCCUCAAAACUGUGGACACAAAUAGACAAAAUUGUUGUAACUGAGUUUUGUCCAUUCAUAUACGUAGACUGAUGAAAUAUAAACUAAAUGUGAUGAAGCACUUAAUCUCUAGGUCCCUGGACUCAACCCUAUAUUUUGAGAAUGAAGCAAAGGUUGAGGGAUCAAGUGAGGGAUAGUGGAACAAAACACAUGGGAAGGCUUCAGGAAAAAGAUUCCUUUGUAGGUAAUUAUGUAUUUCUAGGUAAAGUGACACAAAAUUGUGUGAUAGGUCAUCUACUAGGAGCAAAUGCAUGACAAUCAAAGCAGAUAGAGCAAUAGGUUAAUGUUUCAGAGCCAAGCAUAUAGUUUCCUGUUAUUUCACAUAUUGUAAUAUAUUUUCAGGUGCAGCAUAAUAAGCUAACCUUUGUGUUAUGUUUCAUUUGUACUUAUGUCUGAAAACCCAAGAUUUUUCACUUUGCCAUUGUCUUUUCUGGACAUGUUAAACCAUGCAGAUGUUUAAUAAAUUUGUGAAUAUUGUUGUA